AUGGCUUGCAGAGGACUGGGAUCAAUCGAUGGUGGGAAACCAGUUGCUGUUCCCAGUUACCCUAGCAACUGCCUUUACUUCGCGAAAGAGUUGUUGAAAGACCAUUCUUUGGCCCCAAACCAAAGAAGCUCCUGUGUAACCUUGAACAUCAUAGUCGUUGGGGCUGGCCUGGGAGGCCUAGCAACGGCCAUUGCACUCGCUCAAGCCGGCCAUAAAGUGAAGGUCUACGAACAGACCCCAGUGCUUGGCGAAGUAGGUGCCGGUAUCCAGAUUCCCUCCAAUUCCACGCGGAUUCUAUUCAAACUGGGACUACAGCCAUAUUUAGCGCCCUAUGUCACGGAACCAGAAUCCAUCCACUUCAGGAGGUGGCAGAACGGCAAGCUUAUUGGGAAAACCAAGCUCGUUCCAAACUUCGGGGAAAACUUUAAUGCACCGUAUUAUGUGAUUCAUAGAGCUGAUUUUCAUUCGGCCUUGUGCCGAAAGGCACGGGAUGAGGGUAUAGAGAUCCAAUUAGGAGCAAAGGUCGUGGAUUAUGACCCCGUGCAUGGCAGCAUCAAACUUGCCGACAGUACGGAGCAUUCGGCUGAUCUUGUUGUUGCUGCAGAUGGUAUAAAAUCAGCGGCUCGAAAGAUUGUGCUGGAUGGGCAGGAAAUGCCUUUCAGGAAGCCUGGGUUCGCAGUCUAUCGUGCAGUACUCGACGUGAACAAGAUGAGAGACGAUCCGGAAUUAUCAUGGAUUUUGGCCAAGCCGGCCUUGAACAUUUGGAUUGGAGACAACCGACAUGCGAUGACGUAUACAAUUGGUGCUGGAAAGGCAUUCAAUAUGGUCUUGUCACAUCCGGAUCUAAUGGGCCCCUCUACUUGGAAUGAAAAGACAGCACUUGAAGAUAUGAAAGCCGAAUUUCAGGGCUGGGAUCCAGUACUUGAGAAAAUCAUCGGAAUGGUUGAGAAAACUAUCAAAUGGCCCCUGAUGAGCGGUUCUCCACUCCGACGUUGGGCGGUUGGGAAACUAGUCGUGAUAGGUGAUGCUGCUCAUGCCAUGCUGCCGUACAUGUCACAAGGUGCUGCAAUGGCAGUGGAGGAUGGUAUCGCUCUAGCCCGUUCGUUAUCCCACAUGGAAUCUCCGGAACAGUGGCAGCAUGCCGUGGAUAUAUUUCAGACGGUGCGAAUUAAACGCUCCAGCCAGAUGCAAGAGGCUAGCCUUCUUAACGGUCAACUGUGGCAUUUCGCUGAUGGUCCUUUGCAAAAGGCCCGAGAUGCUGCCAUGAUCCCGGAAGUCGAAGGGCUCCCUUUCAGUCACAGCCCGAACCAGUGGAGUGAUCCUGCCACACAGAUGUGGUGCUAUGGCUAUGAUUCUGAGAAUGCAAUUGACGAGGCUUGGGUAAAGGCUGGGACCGCACAUGAAAACAGUUCCAUGCUCUAA